UUCUCAUUUUUUUUUUUAAACCUUGUCUGCUUCUCAUUUCUUUUCGUGUUUCCACUUUCUCCCAAACCAAAAGUAAACCCUAACAAGUAACGAAACCACUGAGACGAGGCUCGAGCCAAAGCCAACCAGCGAGUCGCCGUCGGUAACCUUUCUGGCCGUUUUCCCCACCGCGACGGCGAAGUGCGAACCAACAGGCAGGCGGCACUACGGCAGCACCGCAGCAAGUUUCUGGCCGUUUGAAAGGGUUGGAAUCCUGGAUACGCCACUGCUUCGACACCAUAAUAUCUGCAACAAAGCUUAUUCCAUCGUACGUCAAAAUUCUCUGCUUGGAAGUAAAUUUUACAGUGUGAAGUGAAGCAAUGGAGCAGAGAUUAGCAAAUAGUUGGAACAUGACUUUGAAUGAGAAGAAUUUUAUUGAGACUGCAUUACUUUCUGAUCUCAGAAUUGAUGGGCGUCGCCCUUUUGAUUAUCGUCGUUUAACUAUCAAGUUUGGCCGUGAAGAUGGUUCUUCUGAAGUGCAACUUGGACAAACUCAUGUCAUGGGUUUUGUGACUGCUCAACUAGUUCAACCUUAUAAAGACAGACCAAAUGAAGGAUCACUUGCUAUUUUUACUGAGUUUUCUCCUAUGGCUGAUCCCUCAUUUGAGACGGGUCGUCCUGGAGAAUCGGCUGUAGAAUUGGGACGUAUAAUAGACCGUGGUUUGAGGGAGAGCAGGGCAAUUGAUACAGAAUCACUUUGUGUCCUUGCGGGAAAACUAGUAUGGUCCAUUCGUAUUGAUCUUCACAUACUAGAUAAUGGAGGGAAUCUUGUUGAUGCUGCAAAUGUUGCUGCUUUGGCAGCCCUUUUGACCUUUAAGAGGCCAGAGUGUAGUCUGGGGGGAGAAGAUGGGCAAGAAUUAACAGUACAUCCACCUGAGGUGCGUGAGCCACUUCCAUUGAUAGUGCAUCAUCUUCCCAUAGCUGUGACAUUUGCAUUCUUCACUGCUGAUAACAUUGUGGUGAUAGAUCCAACUCACGCCGAAGAGACCAUAAUGAAAGGCAGAAUGACUGCUACGAUAAACACAAAUGGAGACAUCUGUGCCAUUCAAAAGGGUGGAGGAGUUGGUGUCAUGCAUAGUGUUGUUAUGCAGUGCUUACGCGUUGCCUCUGUCAAAGCUGCUGAUAUAACUACCAAGAUCAAAGAAGCUGUUGAAUCAUACAAUACAGAAAGAGCGUAUCGCAAGGUCAAACGCCACCCAUCUGCUGCAGGGCAUCAAACUGAGAGGUAAACUGAUGCCAACAAUUAGGAGUAACACAGAAAACUUGGUAAGAUAUCAAUUAGAGGAUGAUUUCGAAGAACUGCAACGGAAUUAUGAAUUUUACUAUUGUCAUUUUUGUAGCAUGGGACCUCAUAUCAAGAGUAAGCUUUUAGAUAGAUUGGCUCCUCAUGGCACUGGUAGGUUUCUCUUCAGUUUUUAGGAUGAGUAGCGAAAAUUUGUCUGUUCAUAUCCCAAAAUUUUGUUUAAACAUGUAAUUUUGAGUGUAUAAGAAAUAGUCCUAUGUUGAUUGAUCGUAAUAGUUGGAAUAUUUUGUAUAAGUGGCAUUUUGCAAAGGAAUUAAUGUCCAGUUCUAGCAAGAGUGGCAUGGGAGGAGAUAUUUGUAAUCAAUUAAUGAUGAUUUUAAUCUUGUUGAUUAAUCAUUUCUCGCAUGAGUGACUUGGCAA